CGUCAGCGUGACUGAAUGCGCGAUUAAAGCUGUUUGCUGGCGCAUAAUCUGCGUUUUGGGUACAGACAUAUUUCCCUAAAUGUACGCAUCACCGCUCAGUAACGGAUCUAUGGGACAGGGGUAUAAAUGCACCCUCGCGAAAAUGCCUCCACCGUGACGUCUCCUUCGUACUAGCCUCACUCAAGAAUGGCUCAACAGACUUGUCACGCCAGCGGACUCGACACCUUGUUUCCCUUCCCAUCUCCCCCGCCGACCGUGCUCUGCCCUCCGCGGUACCCUGGGGCCUCCGCAGAGGCAGUUGCGGCUUUGAGACAUGUCUUGAAGGAUAAUCAUACCAAGUACCACAUCUUCCAGAUCGUGGGCAUGCGGUUCCAUAAUCAUAUCACUCAUCAUGCACUGGCACUUUAUGCUAUGGGCGCGAGUGGAUCUCUGAUCGAACAGUCCUACAAGCAAAAGAGCGUCGCCCAGCGCCCAGUCAUCGAGCCUCCCGAACCAAUCACCGAAGAUAACUUCAUCAAACAUCUGGGUGACGACAACUUCUAUGCUGCAUACAUGACCUUCUUCAUUAAGGUUAUCGAGGAAAAGGGCGUCAGUGCCACUCUGGACGAAUACGUCUUCUCUCAGAAGUUCAACUUUGUAGAUGGACGAGAUGCAUCCACUCAACCGGCGAUGUUGACCCGCUUCCUGGGGGGGUUAUUCCACUCCCUCAUCCAUGUGGGAUAUGGCACGGAAUUUGGUAUCCCGGGCAUGGUCGCUGAAGGUCUCGCAUUGACCAGCGUGCACGAGUCUAUGUCGUUCCCAUCGUCUCUAUUGGAGCAUGGCGGCACUACUGCAGUGGAGGAGGCGACAACUCGGCUUACCUCGCUUUUCCUUAAUACAAAGAUUCCUAUUGCACCUUCUCAGCUCCCACGACCGCAAAGAAACCACGCAUUCUCUGUUCUUGCUAAGAUCAGGCAAGAUUCAGAAUUCGCACCGAAGGAAAUGAAGAGGUACUUUGGUGAUGUCGACGGGCUGCUAUCAGAGCAUGGUGCUAAUAUAUGGCGCUACGUCGAGCAAUGGACGAUCGACCUGUCACAGCCAGGCGAAAUCGAACGCAAGAUGGAAGAAUGUGUCUGGACCAACACUAUCCUCUAUGCUAUUGGCGGAUGGAGCAAAGACAAAGGUUUCACAGCAGAAUUCUUCUUGAUGCAUCUGGUCACGUCGAGUCUCUUCCUCCCAUCUCUGUUGCCUUACUUGACACAAAACUCUCAAGUUCUUUUACUUCGCGCAUACUUUGCAAGCACUCUCACGUGGUGGAUCGUGCGCGGCGCUCCUCGACCAGAUAUCCAAGGUUUCUUCAAUGCCACCUCCUCACCCCCUUCCUCAGCAAACACAGUCGGUAACCCAUUCCUCGACCUCAUUCAGUCGGCGAUACUGCACUCAAAUGAUCAUAUGCUGAAGACUCAACGGGCCCUUGCGCAUUUCUCUUCGCUUUAUGGUGCACGGCCUCAGGGCUACUUCAAGGGCACAGAGCUGGAGGGCGCAGAAGCGCUGGAUGGAUCACUCUUCCUUAGGGCUGCGAGAUUGACCGACGAUUAUAUGAGCCAGGGCACGAGGAUGUGGAGCCUACAAGGGCUUCCUGCGAGCGAUUAGGAGUGAUGGGGAAUUUACAAUGUAGUAUCACGAGCACCGCUCAGUCAAUGACUCAGACUUUCGCCCACAUCCUUAGACCCAUGCUGAUUGUGUAGAAUGUAAGACAGAUGCAGUGUUUCAUCUUAUUCGGUAUGGUUCGGGGCAUGCAAAAAUGUGGUUGCUUACGCUACAUACAUGAUCGUCAUGAAACCUCUCUCGAUGUCCCGAGCCGACCUCCUGCAAACUGGAUCUCAGAUGCUUACAACGAUGUGUGAUGAAUUCUUGAGUUUCCUUCACUUACUCGUAGGUUGAAAAGUAUUCGAGAAGUCAU